GGAAGUUCAUGAAUUUGAUACAACAAGGAAUAAAAAACAACAAGGAAAAUGUUCCGAAAUUACCAAAAAUUGUAUACCAUAAACAACUUGUCUAUCAACCAGAAUCUAGCUGGAUUACAGAGCGUUAGAUGGCGUAGAAAGCCACGAUGGUUACCAACAGCACCGAGUAAAGUUUUUAAAGUUCCAGAAAGGCAUGUUUUGCCAUAUGAUGAGAAAAUUGAGUGGCAGAGAUUAAAUAACAACUAUAGAACUCAAGUGAACUCAAUCAGAAGAUAUUUAAUUAAAGAAGUCGAAGAAAGACAGAAAAUGUUUGAGUUACAGGAAACUCCAGCUGAUGAAGAGGCUGAGUUCCAGAGAUGCUUUGUAAUGAAUCAGGAAUGGAAUCAAGAGAUUGCUAAAGGUCGCAUAUCCAGAGUUGAAGGAGAAAAUGAAAAGAGACGUGAAGAAAUUCUUUUAAAUCUCGAAAAAAGGAAGCAACGAGAGGAAGUGAUUUUACAUCAUGUUGAGGAACGAGUAAAACUCGAAAAGGAUGUUGCUGAAACAUUUAUAACUAGGGAAACUGUUGAUCGAGCAAUUGAAAUUGCACUAGCCAAUCCAGUUGACUUUAAUUAUUCUAUCGAUACUAAUGGAAAAAGAUCAGACAUUGUAGAGGAACAAAAGAGCCCUGAAAAUCUGUAAUUAACAGAAUAAUUUAGUCAUGAAUUUAAUAAAGUAAUUCAUUUAUUUGAGAACAUUAA